AUGACUGGCUUGCUGGUUUCUUCCGGCUCGAGUGCUAAGGCCGUCGUUGACACAACCAAAGACUUCCUAAGAUGCUACAAGAAUCACGCUUUGACAAAACAGUCGAUAACCGUUCCAGAGCCCGUGUAUCCCACCAAAUCCUUCAGCAUUUCCCUUGAUGGGAAACUGCUCUAUUCUCCCCCUAGUAGCACGAAGCUCGAGAUCUCCCCACUAGCAUAUGCCGUCAUUGAAGGAGAAAGCACGGUGAUUUCUGAGCUCCUGGCCGGUUUGAAGCAGAGCAUGCAGAGCACGCAGUUUCAGGAUGAGAUCGACAAUGCUCUGUUUCUGGCUGACUUUUUCGGACAAGAAGAAGCGAGCGAUUUGCUUCUGGAAUAUAGACCCGACCCAGGACGUAGGCAUUCGUCCAAUGGUCUACAUGGUGCCACGGGCCGGGGUCUUGAGGAAGAGAUCCUCGAAUAUAUCUGGUUUUCUGGCGCUGAACCUGAUGUUUUGGAUGGGUUUGGCGCUACGCCAAUCAUGUAUGCGAUGCAGUUGCCGGCACCGCAUGAUUGGGGGAUCACCGAGCUUCUCAUUGAGGAAGGAGCGGAUCCAUGCUACGGUAUCUGUAUUGGUGGCGUCUCUUGGCCCUAUCCCGACAUCUCAAAGGCUAUGGGCAAGCCGGAUCUAACGAAGCUAUUGGAAGAAGCAAUCUUGGAAAUGUCAGAAGACGAGGAAACAGAUGUCCCGUCGCGGCGUUGA